GUCCCCCAGUGUCCCCAUGUCCCUGUGUCCGUCUGUCCCCAGGGUGACUCGGGGGGUCCCCUGCUCUGCGGGGGGCAGCUCCAGGCCGUGGUGUCCUGGGGCGAGCACCCCUGUGGUCAGCGGGGCCGGCCGGGCGUCUACGCGCGCGUGCAGCCCGAGCUGGCCUGGAUCCGCGCGGUCAUCGGCGCCGACGGCGCGGCCACCGGCCCCGGCUGUGGCCCCCAGUGACCCCGGGGGACCACGAGU